ACCUGCCCCGCCCCAAGCAACCCCGCUGCACUCCAAGGCUGGAGGGAGGCAGGAGACCGGGAUUGGUACGAGGUAGAAGAAGAGAGUUUGAGGGGACAAGGAGUCAGCCUGGUAGCUGGGAGCGGAAGGGAAGAGAAGACCACUCUUCUCACCAAGAGGCAAUUGAGCAACCAGUAAUCUGCUGUUACUGUUGUGAGCAGAGAGGGAGGGGAACUCCAAUCCACUAUCUCUCUUCCUGUUUUGCUCGCAACACCCCCUUCACUGAUAGGAGGUGGAGACGGAACUGGAGCUUGGGUUGUACUCGCUGGGAUCCCUGGCUCAGUCUGUGCCCCUUGCUUGCCCGCUGUUGCUGCCGCCGUGGGCAUGUGGCCGAGUCCUCGGAGCAGGCUCAGGCAGGGCUGCUCUGCGCUCUCUUGUCUCAGUCCGGCUGGUAAGCUUUGGGGCCCAUGAAGGAAGAUGCCUCCCGCUUCCAAACCUGAGGAGGGGGAGCCUGCCUCCCCCUUACACUCGCAACUGGCCAAGCUACUCUCUGCCCUCUUCUACGGGACCUGCUCUUUUUUCAUAGUUCUGGUCAACAAGACGGUGCUGACCACUUACAGUUUCCCAUCACCCUUAAUUCUUGGAAUUGGACAGAUGGCAACAACCAUAGUGAUACUAUAUGUAUCUAAGCUAAAUAAAAUUAUUCAGUUCCCUGAUUUUAACAAAAACAUUCCUAUAAAGGUGUUUCCUCUGCCUCUCCUUUAUGUUGGAAAUCAUAUAAGUGGAUUGGCAAGCACAAGUAAACUAAGCUUGCCCAUGUUUACAGUUCUCAGGAAGUUUACCAUUCCACUUACAUUGUUCCUGGAAAUGAUCAUACUCAGAAAACAGCACUCACUGAACAUCAUAGUUAGUGUCUUUGCCAUCAUUCUUGGGGCUUUUAUAGCUGCUUGCUCAGAUCUAAGUUUUAAUUUGGAAGGCUACAUUUUUGUAUUCCUUAAUGAUAUCUUCACAGCAGCAAAUGGAGUUUACACUAAGCAGAAAAUGGACCCAAAGGAGCUAGGAAAAUAUGGAGUGCUUUUCUACAAUGCCUGUUUUAUGAUCAUUCCAGCAUUUGUUAUUAGUAUUUCCACUGGAGACCUUCAACAGGCUACUAAGUUCAGCCAGUGGAGGAACAUUUUAUUUAUCCUGCUCUUUCUUCUUUCCUGUUUACUGGGAUUUCUGUUGAUGUAUUCCACGGUGCUCUGCAGCUAUUAUAAUUCUGCCCUGACAACUACAGUGGUGGGUGCUGUGAAGAAUAUAUCCAUUGCUUACAUUGGUAUGUUAUUUGGUGGAGACUACAUUUUCUCUGUGUUAAACUUUUUAGGAUUAAAUAUUUGUAUGGGAGGAGGAGUGAUGUAUACAUUUUUAACAUUACAAGGCCCAGAACAUCCUAAACAGCGAGUGACUGAAGAAAUUAUACCUUCUGAUGCAAAGCUAGAAUCUGGUGUUGACUGAUGGAUUGAUAGGGAAAGCAGUGGAUAGAAACUCACACAAGUGAGAAAUAAACCUUUAUGUGUUGAACACAUAACAGAAUGUCUACUGAAUGAAAAAAGAACUACCUCACCUACCCAUCGUGUGAAAAACUAUAUGAAAGACUUUAUUCAAAAUAAUGAACAUAAGACAAGUUGUUUUGGUAUCAAAAAUGUUAUUUCCAAAAGAAAACUUACAGGUUUCUGGAUAUGAUGUGUUUUCUUGCCUAAAAGGUUUUCUCCAUUCAAAAAUUUUUGAUCUUUCAUAAAGCCAUCUUCUUCAUUGCUAUCACUGCCUGUUUUUGCAGUGUGGCUUGUAUUUCACCCAAAAGCAUACAAAAAAAAAAACCCAAGACUGCUAUGAUAGCAAAAGUUUUGUCAUAAACAACUUACCUUUAUGUCAAAGAUCUAUGAGAAGGUGCUCAUGAGAAGAAAUCUAUUCAAACAGAAAUAUUUUCAACAAAUAAUCUAAAAAUUAGCAAAUUAAUUACCAGUUAGAGACCAAUACAUUUUGUUUUCAUUUUGUGUGUAUGUGUGAGCCUAUCUGGCAGAAGGUGUUCUUUUUAUUUUCUUUAAAACAGAAUGAAAAGAAAUAUUUUAAUGUUGUAUAUCAUGAUUCUAUUUCAGAGAAACAGAGGGGGAUGUAGCCUAAGAGCCAUGUACAGUGAAGAUUAUUCUGUGUGUAUUGUCCUACUGUUCCUCAUUUUCCAAAGUCUUAAAAAGAAUUAGAAAAUGGCUCAGUGGAAAAACAUACUCAAGUCCUGAAUUGCCAGCUUUAAUAGUUUAUUAUCUCUCUGCUCAUCUCCAAGUUCCUAUUAGAGGGUUUAAAAAUUAGAUUAUCUCACUUUUUUACCAAAUAUAUACAUCUUUUUGGAUUUCCCUGAAUGUUAUAAAUACUCAAAGAGCAGCCUAUUGGAAGAUUUACCAAUUAGGAAACUUAAGUUUUUGACUAGCUGUGUGAUCUUGGGAAAAACUCUUAAGUGAGUUAAGUUCUUAAGAACUUAAGAACUUAAGUUCUCUGGGCCUCAGUUUCAGAGACAGAAAGAAGAGAAGGAAGGAAGAAGAGAGGAAAUAAGUUCAAGUAGAUCAGUGGUUCUUGUCCUGGGUUCCAGGAACUUCUUUGGUUUUAAUACUUUGAAAAUUAGAUUCAAUAAAAUGAUUUUCUUAAGUAAUCCUAUAUAUUUUAUGCACUUAAAAAUAUUGCUCUGAGAAGUGGUCUGGAGACUUCACUAGACUGCCAGUCAUGCCCAAGAAGCAAAAUAAAUUAAGAAACCUUGAACAAGGUGGUCUUUUAGGUGUCCCAAUAAAACCAACAUUCUGAGACUUAUAAAAUAUAUAUCUUAUAAAAUAUUUUAAAUUAAGUUUCUCAAGAUAUUCAGGAUGGUUUUUUGCCUUCCAAAGCUCUUUGAAUAUAAGAACUUUAUAAAUUUAAAUUCCUUGUCUAUUUCAUUGAUUCCAUCAGCCAUUUUGUUUUUGUUUUUCAUUUUCCCAGUGGUCUUUUAUUUGGCAGCCUCCUCAGGACGAGGGUUUUUUUAAAACUUCUAUAUAUUGGCCAGCAGAGGUCACUCCAAGAGCAUCAUAGUUAUCUCCAGCUUAGCCAGGACUCCUUGGUACCACUGACUUGCCCAGGUGGUGGAGGCAAAGUACCAAGUUUCAGAGUAUCUCAGCAGAGUGAUGUAUGACUUUUGAAGUUCUAGUAUGUUUUAUGAACGAAAGAUGGAUCAUGACUGUGUGUAUGUAUGUGCGUGCACGCUCUACUCACUUUUGAAAGAGCGUGGGAAGACUAUUGCAGAGGAAUCAGAGGAGGAGGAGAAUCAGAGUUUGGAGAAGAAAGCACUUGAGGUUCAGUUUGAUUAAAUAUAACCAAAUACAUGAUAUUUUUUUGAGCCACUACUACUUGAUUUGAUAAUGAGUUUUAGCUCAUUUGACAUUUGGCAUAUAUUUUCUGAUUGCUAUUAUACCUCUGCCAAUAAAAAAUGAUAGUUUGUUAA